UGUUUCUCAUAUUUACAUUGAACCAGAAGAUGGACGGCCCAUCAAUUUCUCUAACUUGAAUGCAAGGAAGAAAAUGCUUGAAACAGAGAAAACUGUGAGGCAACUCAAAAGGAAAACUUUGCAAGGUUUAGUUGACCUAAGAGUGGAUCCUCUGAGUAAGACCACUAAUUGUCAAAAUCAGAGUGUAAAUGAUCUCUCCCCACCUUCUGUGUCUGCUUUGUAUCAAAGUUACUGGCUUCAGGACUAUAGAAUAGCUUCCACCUCAACAGGUGCGCCGCAAGGCAGUGAAACCUUUAAAGCGCAACAUCAUCACACUAUGAUCAGACCACCACUCAAUCUAUAAUGUAUUACCAGGAAAUCCAGGAACAGAACUUCAAUUUGUACAAAGAUCAGGUGUUAAUUUCAUGAUGACUCAAACUCCUCUGAAUGUUGCUCCUCAAGCUACCCUGGGCAGCCCAUCAAUGGUUUUUUCCAACAACCUCACAUAUCAACAAGUGAGUACAGAAUAUUUUGAGGCAAAGAAAAAUGAUUACACUCCUCCCAACACAAGUCUGUAUGUUGUGGAAGUCUGCAAGACACCCAAGGAUUUAGUCACAUGUCAGUCUACAUUGUGGCAAAGACAUGAUGAAAGUCUUGACUUGACGUCUAGACCCAAAAAUUCUUAUCAAGAAGCCAACUGUGGAAAGCUCUGAAGAAGGGUCCUCACACAGUGUUACACAAUGUCAUCAACAGCCAUCUCCCAUCCACAGCAGUGUGUGCCAGAAGCUAUUAGGUCCUCUCCAUCUCUGAACAAUCAACCAUCACCUAGACUUGGCAUUAUUCAAGCACCUAAAAACAAAAAAAUAGAUACUUCCCAAAACUCUGGGAAUGCUCAAUCUUUACAGGCAAGUGUAACCAAUAAUGAAAGAGCACUCCCUCAAAUAUCAACACAGCCUCAACCAGAACAAUACCCCUUCUUGGAACCACAAGGCAGUCUAUUGUCUCACAAACCAUAACAAGACAUGACCCAGUGCCAUUAAUCCCAAUUGGCCCACAAGAUUUUAGAGCUGCAUUGGCAAAGACAAGAAGCGGUGGCUUCAUCUCAAACAGGACCCACUUCUGUCAAGGGGUUGGUUUCAUUGUUUGAUGGUCCUGGUUCACAGCCACAUGUCUGUGGAAAGCCAGCUGCAAUCAUGCCCUGCUCCACUCCAACUGGGUCUACACCCGUAGACCCGAAGUCUCAGGUCACCGUUGCAGUGAAUGAUUAUUCUGUUGCCGUUUCUCCUGAUAUGACCAUGCCAACACAAAUUAGCUCUCCAAGUCCAGCUUUAGAAGAUGUACGAUUUCCAUCCUUGCCAUCUCAAUUGUCCAAAGAUCAAUCUUCAAUGCCACAGACAGAAUUAACAUCUCUACCGUCACACAUUUCUGAAUCUCAACACAAAGUAAACAUUUUAACAUCAAGCUCGAACAUUCAAGAAUUCAUUACAACCCCAUCUGACGAAUCAAAAAUUUCCAAUUUCAAGUGCAGCCAUCCUAUGAUAACCAACAGUUAAGCCAAGCAACUGUGACACCAAGCAAUGAAUCUUCACUGUAUGAACUUGGCAAUACUGCACCUCCUGCAGUUGUUCUCAGUGAAGCAAUUUUAGGGGAGCCUUCAGUCAAAAUGUCUGAAGAUUUAAAUACUGGAUAUGUGGAGGUUUUCAACAUAUCACAGGAUACAACAACCCAUCCAAGGUCAAUCUACAUUGGUAUUAAUAAUCAAGACAUAUCACCUGUAUCGCAAGUUGACAUAAAAAGUGAGUCUCGAUCAUAUGUUCGACUACCUCACAUAUUUGUCUCGGCUGCAAGUUCACCAGAAGAAGAGACCACUGAGGACCAGCUAAAAGAAUCUAAUAUGCCUGAAAUGUCAGAAGUCUGCGCUAAUGAAGGGCCCACUCUUACUGCCGUCCCCACAACAGAGGGUAAAGAUUCUAUAACUGUUGAUAAGACGGCACAGAAAGAUGUAUCUUUGGAUGAUGGUGGUACAAGUGCCACCAGUCCAGGCACCACAAUCUGCUUAUCUGAGCCUUCGACAGAAGACAUGAAUGUUGAUAAGCAGAGUCACCAGAACUUGACAAAAGACAUUUCCACUGCAGAACCCUCUGUCCUAGAGCCUGAUCUCCAAAUUGAAAGCCCAGCCGUUUCUGUGCCAACAGUUGACAAUAUAUUGUCUCCAGAUUUUACGAAUGUUGAUCUAAAGCCAAUUAAGGACCUGAUGUGUGAGAACCUCAAAAAAGAACCUACAAACUACCCAGCUCUUGAAGAACAAAGAACAAUUUCAGAUUUUAAAUCCCCUGAAAAUACAGAGUCUCCCGAAAAUGUUUUGGCGCCUGAGGAAGAAAAAACUAUUUCAGAUUUUGAAUCGCCUGAAAAUGCAGAGUCUCCCGAAAAAGUCUUAACACCUGAGGAAGAAAGAACAAUUUCAGAUUUUAAAUCGCCUGAAAAUACACAGUCUCCCGAAAAAGUCUUAGCACUUGAGGAAGAAAUAGCAAUUUCAGAUUUUAAACCAUUUGAAAAUACAGAGUCUCCCGAAAAAGUCUUAGCACCUGAGGAAGAAAGAACAAUUUCAGAUUUUAAAUCGCCUGAAAAUACACAGUCUCCCGAAAAAGUCUUAGCACUUGAGGAAGAAAUAGCUAUUUCAGAUUUUAAACCAUUUGAAAAUACAGAGUCUCCCGAAAAAGUCUUAGCACCUGAGGAAGAAAUUACUAUUUCAGAUUUUAAAUCGCCUGAAAUUAUAGUCUCCCCCCAAAAUGUCUUAUCGGAAGAGCUACUCACACAUAUAAAAUCCUCUGAAGAAGUUCAACAACUUGUGGAUAAAAGUGAAAAUCUAAUUUAUUUACCUGCUUCUGAAGUCAGUCCGGACAAAGCUGUUGAAGAAGUCACGCUUGAUCAACCUCAAGCUGGACAACCUGAUGAACAACAGGGAAAAAGUUUAUUUUCCAUGUUUAGCAGCGGUGAUGUAAGUCCAGAGCAGACCUCUUCCAAUCUGGUCUAUCAAUACUUGGAGGUAUUAUUCCUGGCUCCUCUACAAAAGAUACUCCUGGCACUGGCUUACUCUCAAUGUUUAGUGGCUCAAACACACAGUCUUCUCCUGGAAACAAAAGCCUAUCAGCCCCACAAGAGCCACAAGUAAAAGGUUUACUCUCAAUGU